AUGGACGCAGGCGGUCUCUCUCAAAUGAAUUCAACCCAUCUUUCCACGGGCAACAGCCUCGGCAUGCCUGGCGGAGGUCUCGCCUCUCGCCGAGGUGGCCCCGUAAAGCCUCUCUCGCUGUCUAGCGCCACUCCCGGUAGCAACGCGGCUGACAACGGAGCGCCCACCCCGCGUACCAGCCGCUCGCAUCUGCUGGCGGGUCUCAGAACUGCACCGAAGUCGGCUACCGCUGCCAACUUCUCUGGUACCAACAGCGCUGCGUCGCCCACGUCUCAGUCUUUUGCUGCUAGGAGCAACAACCUGAGCUCCAACAUGUAUGCUCAAGCUCAGACCGGUCAAUACAACGGUCCUAAGACAGCGCUUCCUCGGUACGCUGGUCAGCAGCAGCAGACAUACCAGUCUGUUCCCUCCAGCCAACACUACAGUGCCGAGCAGGUUCUUGCUCCUCCCGAAAUCCACUUUGAUGAGCAGGAACAGAUGGACCCGAACUUGUACGCCCAGCUGGUUGCUACCAACAUGUACCUCGCACAGCAGCAGCAGCGCCUUCAGCAACAGCUGCUCAGUGUUCAGGCUGCCGCUCAGCAGUUUCAGGGCCUGAACCUACAAGGUGCUCAGCAACAGAUCCAACAGCAGCAGCUCGCGAUGUAUCAGCAGCAACAGCAGCUUCAGAGCAUUCAGCAGUCGAUGAUGGGACAGAUGGCCCAGCAGCAGCAGCCACAGCAACAGGUCUACACGUACUAUGACCCAGUCACCCGUCAACAAGGCUACUAUAUUGAUCAGGGUCAAACCGACCAGCAAGCUCAGCUGGCUCAGAUCUACGCUGCCUUGGCUCAACAGCAGCAGCAGCAACAGCAGCAGCAGCAAGCCCCUCGCGUCCAGGUGUCUCCCCCUCCCGAGAACCACGCAACUCCGUAUCGCACUACGACCCCUCCCAAGCGCUAUGAGUCGCCAUCUGAGGUUGCUCCUCUACCUCCUCCGUCAGCCAAUGCCUUCCGCCGUGGCCAUAAGAAGGUCAUGUCGCUCGCUCUGACUGGUAACAACCAGGCGAGCCUAUCGCCUUCUCAGGAGCCUCCCAAGUCUGCUGGCCCCAAGACAGCCUCUUUCCCGCUGACUCCCUUGUCCGGAGGUUAUGGGCCCGGUCAGGGACGCGCCGGCGAGCACCCCAUCCGUCAGCCUCGCGGACCCCCGUCCAUUGAGGAGCUCAAGGCCAAGCCCGUCGCAAAGAUGGAGGGCAGCAAGAACUUUGCCACCCGCGCCCGCCGAUCGGCCGUUCACAACCUCGUCCGUGCUGGACGUGAGCGCAGAAAGGGCCCUGGCAGUUCAAACGGUAGCAUGAGCCCGGUCUCCGAGAGUGCCGAGGAGGAGUCAGGUACCCCCAUUACCGACAACGAGUCCGACUCUGGUCGCAGUGGAUCUGGCAGCCUUGCAGGCGAUAUCGACUGCUCCCUGCCCAGCUCAAGAACUUCCACCAAUGGCAGCUGGGGAGCUAUCGGCUCUGACCGCCCAAGCUCUCGUCAAAGAACUCGCAAUAGCGUCGAUAGCAUUGGCAGCAAUGAGAGCGGUGAGAACAGCUUCGCCAGCGUGUUCAAGAACUCAGCUCAACGCGCCGGUGUCGAGGUAACGGACGGACAGCGCAAGGCGCCCAUGCUGGUUCUAACCAGCGCCGAGAAGCGAAAGAGCGGCAUUUUGGCGUAG